AUUCCAAACACACACGUAUGUGGUAUUUUUGCCAAAACAUGUGGAUACAUGCCCAUGAUAACGUGACGUACGAGUAUUCAAGUGGUAAUGUAACUGUGCGGUUGUUCACCUGAUAGUAUGGACGCUUUCUUCUUUUUCUGUAUCUACUUCUUGCAAAAAAGUGAGAGGGGAAAAAAUUCCUGGAAUAUACAUUUGGCUGACGUUCUCAUAUUUUCGAGAGCUCGUAUUGUGAGCAUGCGCAGCAGACGCGUCUAUAGUUGAAUAGAAGGUUACUUCGUUGCACGGGACAAGAAGAGGGGGCAGUUCUUAAAUGGCAUUCGACAUGGAAGGAUCGGAAUAUUCUGAAUAUCAAGAUCUUGAAUGGGCAGUGAAGCUAAAUCGUGUUAGUUUAAAAUUGAUGGGGCUGUGGCCUAAAGCCCAACAAAAUUCUCGAGAUAAGUUAAUACGUAAUUUACAUGUACUCGUUACUUUUCUCGUAAUUGUAAUCGGCAUUCUCAUUCCUGCUGUGCAUUCAUUGAUAAUGAUUCAUUCGGACCUCAUGCUAGUGAUUGAUAAUUUGCAAUUUGUUGUGCCGUGUAUGAAUUGUGCCAUAAAAAUUAUUAUUUUUUGGUGGAACAAAGAAGCUGUUGCAACAAUAAUAAAUAUAAUAGCGGAAGAUUGGCAAAGAUCGAAGAACGUACAAGAGAGAAAUAUGAUGAUAAGAAGAGCCGAAAGUGCGCGCAUAAUUACCACAUUCGGAUACUGUCUUAUGGGCUUAUCAUAUAUCUUUAUUGUCUUUUUACCUGCUUUUGGACUUUCUAUACGAUACCUGUCAAAUAUUACCGAUCCAGGAAGACCAAUGUUAAUACAGUCUUAUUACAUGUACGACGUGACGAAAACUCCGCAAUAUGAGAUAACAUAUGUUGUGCAUUCGAUUUCUGCUUUUUGCGCUUUUACGUGUUAUGUGGGAAUCGAUAAUUUUCUUGGAUUAAUAGUGUUUCAUAUCUGUGGUCAGUUGGACAUCCUUAGACAUCGUUUUAUUUGUUCGGAUAAAUUUAUGGACUUUCAUGUCGUUCUAAAGAGCUGCGUGAUGGAUCACAGUCGACUGCUGAGAACCAUUGCUGUUGUAGAAGACACGUACAAUAUAAUACUUCUUACAAUAUUUUUAAGCUUUGGUGUUUUAUUUGCUUUUUAUGGAUUCGUAAUAAUUAACUUGCUCGUAAAAGGGAAUCUAUUGAUCACUCGCUUGCUAUAUCUUUUAAGCAAUAUCAUUAAUAUAUUAGGUCAUAUGUGCCUUCAUUGUGCGAUCGGCGAGAUUCUGAUGGCCCAAUGCGAUAGAAUUUACUAUACAGUAUAUAAUCAAAAGUGGUACACAUUGGAACCGAAUGAAGCCAAAGAUUUGAUUCCCGUAAUAAUUAAAAGCAGAAAACCAGUUUAUCUUACUGCGGGAAAAAUAUUUCCCAUAACAAUGGCUACAUUUUGCAGUUUAGUAAAAACAUCGGCUGGAUACAUGUCUGUCUUGCUUGGGAUGUCAAUAUGAAAAAUUAAAAUAAAUACUAAAAUAUUUUUAUAUUAUAUUGUA